AUGGCGACGGGCUUACCCGCUGCUCUGCGAUCGCCGCUGCUGCUCGAGGAACUCCAUUACAACAUCAAGACAGCGGGGAUAAGAAUUCGAACAUCGUUACCUAUCGCCUCCAUGCCUGGUCGAGACAAAAUCGUGAGGGAUGGCUGGGGUAGUCACACCAACUUCCAGGCUUCCUAUGGAUUGCGUACGACGCCCGAGGGUCUUGAGGAGGGCAAUAGGAUCUUGGAUGCAAUGAUGGAAAACGAUAGGCGUGGAGAUAUGCACGGCGACAAGAGUGAAUCUAAAGAUUGCGAUAGGGAUGAGGAACGAUGAUCGUAUAGUUGAGCCGAGAGGAAGUUGUGCGAAUGGCCAGGGAGGAUCAAUGGGAGGAGCUGGUCCGGCGGGCGAAGGAGCGAAGAAAUAAGGACAACGGGAGAAUGUGAGGCGGUAUAGUUCAUGUUAGAGGACUCGUAGUUGUCCGUUUGUCACGUGGGGAGCAGGUGCCAGCCCUCUAGCUCUGUAGAGGCUAGUAUGACCAAUUGUAAGCUAUGGGACUUUCCAACCUUAAAAGGAGAGCUG